AUGAAGAAAGACUUGUCGGAAAUCGCCGGUUGGGUUGGUCCGACCAAGAAAGGCAUGGGACUUUUGGGCAUUGCUUGGGUCGAGCUAGGCUACCUAGUGAUUUACAAGCACCCUCACUGCACACUUUCUAUAUAUCUGUCUCCAUCCAAUCAAAGACGUCCAUGCCAUAGAGAAUCAGGCUCGGCAAAAACGAGACUAGGGACCAUGCUCCCCGCUUUCUUCCUGUGGUUACUAUUAGAACACAAGCCAAGGAACUCAAAACCACAACACAAGCACCCUUUAUUUACUAGUUUAGGAGUUUUCGCCCGCGAAGGUAAAUAG